AUGUGUGCCUACACGUAUUCAAGAUCAGAGUUUCACAGAGAAUUUGAGAACAUUCGGGCCAUGAAUCCAGCGGUUGCACAAUAUCUUGAGGAAAUUGGAUUUGAAAAAUGGGUCCGGUCGUACUUUCCAGGGGUACGUUACAAUGUAAUGACGAGCAACUGGGCUGAGAGCUUCAACAACACAACUAAGGAUGCAAGAGGCUUCCCAAUUACUACUGUUGUAGCAUUCCUGAGGUCCAAAGUCCAGAAGUGGUUUGCUUCACGAAAAGAAAAAGCUAACAAGUGGACGAAACCCCUAGCACCAGAAAUGGAGGAGGACUUGACAUUGCAUUUUGAAAAAGGUCGGUAUUUGAACGUUGACUCAUGCGGGCCUUACACGUUGCAGGUUCACCCUGGAGGAACAGUUAUGACCUGUGGCGUAGUGGACUUGCAGAAACAUACUUGCACUUGCGGCUUGUUCCAGUGCAUGAAGUUUCCUUGUCCUCGUGCAUGUGCUGCAUCUCAGGAGCGAAGUAUUAGCGCGUACACACUAUGCUCGCCAUAUUACAUGACUGAAUAUUGGAGGAGGACAUAUGAAGGAACAAUUAUGCCAGUUGGUGACGAGGAUGAUUGGGAAUUGCCUGAUGACAUCAAGAACAUGACAGUUGGAGUGCCUGUUGAGAAGCAACCAAUAGGGCGACCCAAGAAGCAAAAGGUUGGAAGAAUUAAGAACAACCGAACUGCUUGUAACGGUGAAAGGAUUAUCAAAUCACGAAAUUGUAGCAAGUGCGGUGCCAAGGGGCACAACAGAAGCACUUGCAACUACCGAGGUUAA